GUCCCCACCGCUGUCCCUUCUAGUAACCCCACCACUGAUUUUCCUACUGUCCCUACUGCUGUCCCCACCACUGCCCUUCCUACUAUUUCCACUAUUGUCCCUACUGCUGUUCUCACCACUGUCCCUACUCCAGCCCCCAGCACUGACCCCACCAUCUCCCCUAGUCCUAUCCCAACUAGCCCCACCAUCUCCACUACUCCUAUCCCAACCACUUUCCCCACCACUGUCCCUCCUGCUGUCCCUUCUACUGUCCCUUCUACUAUCCCCACUGUUUCUUCUACUUCUGUCCCCAUGACCAACCCUACUGCUGUUUCCCCUAUUGUCUCCUCCACUGAUCCCACCACUGUUCUCACCAUUCUCCCUACUGCUUUCCCCGCCACUGUCGAUCUGACUGUGUCCACCACUGUCCCCACCACUGCCCUUCCUACUAUUCCGACCAUUCUCCCUACUGCUUUCCCCACCACUGUCCCUGCUACUGUCCCCACAACUGUCCCUACUCCUGCCAUCAGCACUGUCCCCACCACUGUCCCUUCUACUGGACCCACCACUGUCACUAUUCCUAGUCCAACCACUUUCCCCACCACUGUCCCUCCUACUGUCCCUUCUACUAUCCCCAGUGCUUCUUCUAUUUCUGUCCCCACGACCGACCCUACUGCUGUUUCCCCUAUUGUCUCCUCUACUGUCCCCACCACUGUUCCCACCAUUCUCCCUACUCCAGCCCCCAGCACAGUCCCUUCUACGGGCCCCACGACAUUCCCUACUGCUGUUUCCACAAUUGCCCUUUCCACUGUCUCCACCACAGUUCCCACAGUUGUUCCUACUGCUGUCCUUACAACUUCCCCUUCUACUGUCCCCACCACUGUCCCAACUACUGCCCCCACUGCUGUCCACACUGCUGUGCCCACCACUGUCCUUACUGCUUUCCCCCCCAUUCUCUCCUCCACUUUCCCCACUACUGUUCCCACCAUUCUCCCUACUGCUUUCCCCGCCACUGUCCAUCCAACUGUGUCCACCACUGCCCUACCUACUGUCACUACUCCUAGCCACACCACCUCCACUACUCCUAUCCCAACACUUCCCCACCACGUUACUACUCCUAGCCACACCACCUCCCCUACCUAUCCCAACCACUGUCCCCACCACUGUUACUACUCCUAGCCACACCACCUCCCCUAGUCCUAUCCCAAUCACUGUCCCCACCACUGUUACUACUACCUACUCCAC